AUGCGUGCGUGGGUAAAUUACCAUAACACUAUCUCUGUGUUUUUAUCUAUCUAUCUAUCUAUCUAUCUAUCUAUCUAUCUAUCUAUCUAUCUGUUUCUAUUGAUAUCUGACACAAUCACCUCAUAUCUAUCUAUCUAUCUAUCUAUCAAAAUCACAUCUAUCUAUCUAAAUCAAUUCAUAUCUAUCUAUCUAUCUAUCUAUCUAUCUAACAGAAUCACAUCUAUUUCAAUGAUAUCUAUCUAUCACAAUCACUUCAUGUCUAUCUAUCACGAUCACAUCAAUCUCAAUCACAUCUAUCUAAAUCAAUUCAUAUCUCUCUCCCUCUGUCUCUCUCUCUAUCUAUCAGAAUCACAUCUCUCUCACUCACAUCUAUCUAUCUAUCUAUCUAUUACAAUCACUUCAUAUCUAUCUCAAAUCACAUCUAUCUCAAUGAUAUCGCUCUCUCUCUCUAUCUCUCUCUCUCUCUCUGUAUAUGUAUAUAUAUAUAUGUAUAUAUAUAUAUAUACCUCAAUCACAUCUAUCGCAAUAACGUCAAUUUUUGUAUCUCAAUCACACCUAUCUAUCUAUCUAUCUAUCUAUCUAUCUAUCUAUCUAUCAGUUCAUUAUCUAUCUAUCUAUCUAUCUAUCUAUCUAUCAGAGAUAUAUUAUUUAUGUAUAAAGACAUGCAAUUUUGAAGAACAGACAUUCUUUCUUUCUUUUUUUCUUUGUCUGUUUUAUCUAUCUAUCUAUCUAUCUAUCUAUCUAUCUAUCUAUCUAUCUAUCUCACUUCAACUAUAUCUGUGUUUUUAA